GCUGAAACAUAUCGAUUUUUCAAUUCAGAUUCAGUACAAAGUAAUCAAUAAGUAUGACGUUAUCACAUGAACAUUGCUUUUCAGAAAAAUAUUCUACGCUAUACGUAAGCUUCUCAUAAUGUACCUACAUUAAAAAAAUCAAAAUAACACUUGUACAAACUUCUAGAUGUUACGAUCAGGCUUCAAUAUGCAAUAUUUCACUUCUUUUGGUUGCUAGGUAUUCAGUAGAUACCUAGGUACAUACUACAUUGCAAUAUAUGUAAUACUUACGCAUUUUGCUAUACCUACCUAACAUAUUAUUACCUAUUUACUGGUGCCAGUGAAACUGAAAAACAUUUUGUUCGCGGGAUAAUCCUUAAUUUUUAUUCGAAAUAUUCUACAUCGUAUGGUACUUAUCCAAGACAUGUUUUUGUGUAAAAUGCAGAUUUCGAUUCUAUGCGUAAUUUUUGUCAGCUUGAUUUCUUCAACGAAGUCCAGUUCGGAAGAAACCCACAUUGAAACCAUAGCAGAAGCGAUGAAAGAUUUCCUAAAAGAAGUUUAAAAAAUGGACGCAAGACUUCAUGAUCCAAAUUUAUUGGAGAAUUUCGACAAAUUGAAAAAAAAGUUCGGGGGGUUUUUCAAUGUCAAGAACAAGGAAUGGCGUUUUGAUAAAUUUAAAAAAGAAUAUGAGGCUUUUGUUGACUAUACCGAGAAAUGUUUAAAUGAUUAUAUAUUACAAUUUGAUCAAAUUCUUCAGUGGGGUGAUUUAGGAAAUCAAGGCACAAGAAAUGCAUUACUGCAAUAUUACAAUAACAAGUUCAUCAAAAAAAUGAAACUCAAAGGAUAUUUUGACGAAGAAGGGACACUGAAAAAUCUACAUGAAAGGUUAUCAGGUAUGCAAAAUGCACAAAAUUGCGUUAAAUCAUUUGAUAAAUUAAAAUUUCGCAAAACUCCAAUCGAUUACCUACUCAUUUUACUGCUCACUGCAGACGCAUUGCAAAAAUUUUACGAUAAAAUUGCCCAGUUGAAGGAUACGCCGCCCGCACCAAUAUUUAUAAUACCGGAAAUAAAUUACGAGGAGAAACAGCACAAGGAUUCUCAUUCUCAUUCUCAUUCUGGAGGUGUAUCUGCAGGAGACGUUGCUGUGCCUUUAGUGGCUGCGGGUGCAGGUUUAGUGAUAGGAGCAGAGUUGGCAGAAUUAGCAUCAGAACAUAAACAAGAAGAAGAAAAGCAGGAAGAAGUAAAGCACGUAGAAGAAGAGCACGAAAGUUCGAGUUCAUCAGCAUCAUCUGCUGCAGAAGACCAUGCAGCGUUAGAAAGUGGCGGUGGUGGUAGUUUUGAAGAGGCUUUUGAGUAAAUAGGUAACAAGAGUUAGUUUUAUAUGUAAAACUAAACAUCGCAUGAUUAAGGUUGUAAGUAUACUAAGAAUUAGCUCACUGCAUAAGUAUAUUUUAAUGUACCAUAAGCAUACACUUAUCGUUUAACUUAUUUUAAGCAAAUUAAAUACAUUUCAAAAUGCUUCUCAGUUUUAAUAUCUAUGAGUAAAAUUUAAAUCCAUAAGCAAAAUCCAAAUUUAGGUAUGAAUGAUGAGGAUGGGGACGUAUGAAAAACUAAAUAGGUAGGUAUUAUGAAUAAUUGUCGUCUUCAGGUAGACAAAUAUGGUGAAUAAAAAAUCAUCAAAUUAUGAGCUCGUCUCAAAGAAACACUUACAUGAAUGAAUCGUAGACUCGUGGUAGGCAUAGGUACACUGUGUGAUAACGGUUUUAGAAACAGUCGAAAGGGCGUUUAAUAAGCACACAUCAAUUUUUGGGUCACCCAGAUUAAUUUUAAGUUACGAAGAAAACUGAAAAAUCACUGGUACCUAGCUCAAAAAUGGUCAUUUUGGAAUUGAGAAGGUUGAAAUGAGGAACUUCAUCUGUAUGAAUUUACAAAUAAAAGUGUUCACUCUGGUUGGCCUUAAUUGAAAAAAAAAAAGUUUAUAUGGUUUACCCGUAGGUAUUAUGAAACACAGUGGAAAGAACAUAUCAUAAACUUGAAAAAUUGCCAUAACAGCAGCUUUUUUAAAUUUUCUAAAUCAAUCUGUCGGACUAAAUCUAAACUAACCCCUCAUACUUAUUCUAAGGAACCACUUCAAGUGUAGGGCUUUGAUUACUACGAAAAUCAAAUUUUUAGGAUGAGUAUAUUCCAAACCUUAUAAGUCAUAACUUACCCAAAAUUUCAACUUUCUGAACUGAUUUUUUGGCUUUCAAAUUUUUGAAAAUUGAGAUAAUCACUGUCGAAAUAGUCCAGCUAGAAUUUGUUAGAAUUGUGAAUGUUUGAAUCAGACAUCUUGAUAGAAAAAAUUUCCAGUUUCCAGUUAUACCCCGAUAAAUUAUGUAGGUAGUUCCAAUUGAUGGAAAAUUUCUCAUCAAUUUUUCUGGAAAAAACCACUUAG